UUGUUAUUUUAUGGGAUAUUGACUCUGAUGAUAUUUAAAACAUAACGAUGGUCGUUAAAUAGAUAGAGCACUUCAAUAAGCGGUAUAUAGCUUUAUAGUUGGUGUAUAAUAGUUACAGUACGUUGUAAGUGUGACUACAGGGAUUGUUAGGACAUUCAUCAAAGACAAAUGGGGGAUGAGUAAUACAGAUGGCCGCAGUUUACCCUUCCGAAAACAGCUAUAUACAGGCUUUGUUAGGACGAAAUGGGAAGUACCCGGAUGUGAUGGCGCUUGACAAGAUCCCGGAGGAGGGGACGCCGGAAGUCCCAGCGAAGGCCCCGUAUGAGGCGCCACUUGUCGACCCCUACAAGGUGCUGGAGGAACUCACACUAUGUCAGUGUGCGCGAAACGGCGACACGGAAAAGGCGCGGCUGCUGCUAGAGACAGAGCGCGGGAAGGCGGCCGUCAACAACGAUGACAUAGAGGGCCUCACACCGCUCCACUACGCCGCCCGCUACAACCACUUCACUCUCGUCGAACUACUCGUCCUAGAGGGUGCAGAUGUUAAUCGGGAGGACAACGAGCACUUGACGCCGCUUAUGUACGCCUGUCGCAUCAAGCGGCGUCGCCUGAAGUCACGUAAAUCAAUGGUGCAGCUCGGGUCCACGGAAACACCGCGUUUCUCGCAGUCAACGCUGGUGAAACUUGGCGGUAAGAAGAUUGAUACGGACGCCAACGCAAUCCAUUUCCUGGUGGAGUCCGGCGCCGACAUCCGGCAGAAGGACGCGUACGGGAUGACGGCCCUCCAUCACGCGGCGCUCCGGGGGGAUGAGGUCGCGUGUGAGCAGCUCCUCCUCUAUAACACCGACAAACAAUCGCUCGUGCACGUGAAGGACGUACAAGAAAUGACAGCGCUCCACACGGCCGUCUGCCAGUCGAACCACGACAUCGUGCGUCAGUUGCUUGCCGCAGGCGCCGACGUCCGCAGCCGUGACAAUGAGAUGUCCACGGCCCUGCACGAGGCGGCCACGCUCGGAGACACCAAAAUUGGCAAACUCAUAUUCGAGUCUUGUCAGACACCGGAGGCAAAGAGCGAACUCCUAGAUGACCGAGACGAGGACGGAAACACUUCGCUCAUGUUGGCCGUCCAGUCUGGCAAAUACAACUUCGUCUCCUUCAUGAUCAAGAGAGGUGCGCCGAUUAACGUGCAGAACAAGAUGUUGGUGACGCCACUGCACCUUGCGGCCAUCAAGGGCGACCUGCGGAUCGUUGAGCUGCUCGUAGAGCGCGGCGCCCAGGUGGGUGUACUCACCCACGACCAGCAGACGCCCCUCCACAAGGCAUGCCUCUACAACAACUGCGAGUGCAUCAAAUUCCUGCUCGACAGUGGAUCCAAUAUCGAGGCACGGGACAUGGACAAUUUCUCACCCUUGUUGCUAGCCGCCGUAUACGGGCACGCGAAUGCCGUCAAGAUGCUGAUAGAACGUGGCGCCGACGUCACUGUGGAGGACAAGAACGACAAAACCGUCGUGUUUCUCGCCGCCGAGGAGAAUAAACUAGACGUACUGCAGGUGUUGACAGCUAACCGGGGGACGAGGGACCUGAUUGACCACCGGGACGAGGAGAAUAACAGCCCGCUCCACAUUGCCGCUCGACAUGGACACAUCAACAUCGUAAAGUGCCUGAUGGAGAACGGGGCGAUGAUAUCACUGAAGAACGACAUGGAACAGACUCCUAUGCACAUGGCCGCCGAGCACGGCUGGAUAGGGGUGGUGCGUGAGAUCGCGGGCAAGGACAAGAACUCACUGAACGACGGGGACGAAAACUCGAACACGGCGCUUCACCUUGCAGCAGACGGCGGACAUAUCCAACUCGUCAAGACGCUUAUCAAGCUCGGAGCAGACCACGAGAUUAGGAAUGGCUCCUUGCGGACGGCGAUGGGCUGUGCCGCCGCCAACGGCCACAUGAAGGUGGUCAUUCACCUGGUGAACGCCGACACGCCCAUAGACCCUAUCGACAAGCUCGGGUUGACGCCGCUGUUGGUGGCGGCGGCGAACGGCCACGCGGACGUGGUUGACUUUCUGUUGGAGCGGAAGGCGGACGUGGGCCGCGUGGACAUGUUCGGACACAACUGUCUCGACCUUGCUGUCAUGCACGACCACCAAGAAGUAGCUAUGGAGAUUAUAAAAUCACCGUCGUGGGAGGCGGCCCUGCGGAACGCCACUCUGGAACAGGGCGUGUUGUGUACGCCCCUCCGCCGGCUCAUCAAGAAAAUGCCCGAGGCGGCUGACCGGGUGUUUGAGAAAUGCAUCGAGGUGCGGCGACCGGAAGAGGGCAGCACCACGCACCUGACUGACCAGUACGAGGUCAUGUACAACUUCGAGUUCCUCGACGACAUGUACAGCGUCACCACGUGGGCGGGCAUGGUCGGGAACCAGAAAAAACGCCGGAAGAAACCCGAAAAGGAAGGAUCUGUGAAGGAGGAAGACAACACUUGGUUAUCGUGGAACAAGUUGAAGCCGUUCAAGAGGAGAGAUCGUACAUUAGUGCCUUACACGCAAGAUUCCGGCCUGUUCAAAAGCAAUCACCCCAUGAUGAUAAUGGUUGAUUCACACAGACUAGAACUGCUUGACCACCCACUGGUCACGGCGCUGCGACGUCACAAGUGGACGAUGUUCGGCAGAUUCUCGUAUUACGUCACGUUCCUCGCGUACGCCAUCUUCCUCUUCUUCCUCACCGGCUACGUCAUCGUUACGCCGCCACCGUUCUCUAUUGGUGAGACGUGCGAGGAAUAUUACGAGAAAGGAGAAAAGCAGCAUUUGUUUGCCAGCAUUGGAAAAUACUUCAUACUUGUUCUGGCUGUCAUCAACAUUAUAAAAGAGCUUUUCCAGCUGUUCCACAACCGGUUGGCGUACAUCAGCUGGGAGAACUUCCUGGAGGUGUGGCUCUUCAUCUCCAGCUUCCUGUUUGUACUUGACUACCAUAGCUGUCAAAACUCUACUGGAUUCAGAUACGUUUGGCAGUGGAACUUCGGUGCAAUAGCGAUCGUGUUGUGCUGGAUCGGACUGGUCAUGUUCAUUCAGAAGUUCCCCAAGAUCGGCAUCUACGUCGUCAUGUUCAACAGCAUUCUACGCACAUUCUUUGAGUUCUUCAUCGUGUUUUUGUUGUUUAUCAUCGCGUUCGGUUUUGGAUUCUUUGUCCUUAUACAAAAUCAGACGCCGUUCGCCACGCCGUACCACGCCAUCAUCCGCACAUCCGUGAUGAUGAUAGGAGAGUUUGACUACAACGACAUCUUCCACAGCGACACCGACGAUAUGCAUUAUUGGCUCACGUACGUGAUAUUUUGCGUAUUCCUGCUCGUCAUGACCAUCAUCAUCAUGAACCUGCUCGUCGGUCUGGCCGUCGAUGACAUCAAGGGCGUGCACGAUGAGGCCUCGCUCAAGCGCAUUGCCAUGAAGGUGAACCUGGUUUUGGACGUGGAGCGUGUGCAUCUCAAGUUUACGAGCCGCUGGUGGAAGAACUCCCACUCGGAGUUCUACAGGUCCAUGGAGGAGGUCGCUGUGGCUACCAAGCAUCCGGAACAGUUCGAGAACCAGAUUCAGAAGAGCCAGGCGAAAAUGCUGAAGAAGAUGGACAAGCUGAAGGGUAGCGUCCGCACUGUCAUCGACCGCACCACCCGCAUUGAGGAGAUGCUCGAGGCCCUCGUGCGCGCGCACGCCAAAGAUACCAGCGCCGACACAGCCGCUACCAGAGAAAGCUUCGACGACGUGCUUCGUUAAACAUAGUACCAAAACGGCAUCUAUGAAAAAAACUAUAAACCUGGCAGAACUAUGCCAAUCCAUUGUCUCAAGUUGAAUUACUACAAGAACUGUUUGUGAAGCAUUCUCAUGACAAUAUAUCAUUGUUCUUGUCGUCUAUGCUUGUUUGUGUAUAUACAUGUAUUUAUUAUUUAGUUAGAUGUCCAUUUCUUAUAUCAACUGAUAUUGCUCAGUAUCUUUUGAUCACAUAAGGAAUCAAAACUAUAUUUUGUCCUAUGCGAUGGCAGUGUUUUUCAAAUCUGCAGUACUUUUAUUUCGGUCAAUCCGUGGUCAGGCGUUAUUGAUUUUAAUCAGGUGAAUCGGUAUAUUUAAGCAGCGUUUAAUGCAUGCAUAUAUUUUUCAUCAGUGGUAAAAUGACUCGACCACUAAGCUGUUUAACAGAUUUUAGCAUGCAUUUGCCAUAACUAAAUGGGGAAGCCAGAGUACCCGGAGGAAACUCACAUGUCCAGCUUUGUGAGUUUGGUUUGUGGUCACCAAGCCGGUCAAGUUGGUUUCCUCCGCGUGCUCCGGUUUCCCUCGCAACAUAAGACCAAACUCUCGCGUAGCACCGUGCCAACGAGAGUGAUUAUUAUAGUUUGUAAUAACUUCUUUCUGAAGCGUUUUAAAAUAAAAAAACAAGUUUAAACUAAAAAAAUGAGCACGCGACUGCUUCGUAUCAGGUAAUUGAUUUUUGUAGUUCUAGUUUUUUGAAACGAUAAGUCUAUAUUAAACCGCUCAGGGUAACAUAUUUUGUUAUGUAUAUGAUAUUUUAGAAUUCUACUUUUAUAGAUAAUUUGUCUGCUCCAGCCUUCAGAUCUCAGGGGUUAUAUUGGGUACUCAACUCUAUUUUCUUUGUUUUCGUCGUAUCUUGUCGUGUUAAUUGUUCAUUUUAUAAAUAAUUAUUUACAUAGUUUAACUAUAGCGUUGUAUAUUGUAUUGUUUAUAAAUGAGUCUAUUUCCGUGUGUUGUACUUCAGUAAGUGAACAGUUUUUAAAGAAGGGUAGAGCAACCUAGUAUAUAUGUACACGUCUGUUGUUUAUUUACAUGUUAUAUUAGAAAUAUAUAUUUAUUUACUUAUAAGUUUACCAUAUUCGUUUUUUUAAAUGGAAUUUACGGUACCAGUACAUGUAUUUGUGAACGUUUUAUGCUCACGCUCUUACAAACUUAGACUAUGUCGAAAUGUUAUAUGUACUUAAUUGCAUGUAUAUUUUUUGUAUAUUAAAUCUAGAAUAUUCAGUUCUUUAUUAUAUUUUCUAGAACCAUUGUGCUUUAAUACUUUUAUGUUGUGAUUUGAAUACAAUGUUGUUGUUUUAUAUGUAUGCAAAUAUGUAUGUAUAUGUCAUACAAAACAGACUGUGAUAACGCCAUAUAUUUGUGAGUAAAGGUCUUAUUUUAA